AUGUCUAGCCAAAUAGUAACUGUCAGUAUUGGUGAAGUAUUAGUUUCUGGUGUUCAUGCUCAUGUUAAAAAGAGUCAAAGAAAGUUUCUAUGGUCAGAGAUGGAAAUAAUUAGUCAGCUACAAAAACCAUGGGUUGUUUUAGGUGAUUUUAAUGCUAUAAUUUCACCUGAAGAGAAAUUUGAUGGUAAAGCUCCUAACAGAAUUUCAAUGAUGGAUUUUAUUCAUUGCCUUAAUGAAUGUAACUUAAUUCAAGCUCCUAGUACAGAUAGAGCUGUUUUCAAUUCUUUAUGGUUACAAAAGUAUGGUGAUUGGGGAUAUAAGGUUGGAUUGAGGAUAGUUUCAGAUCAUGCUCCUUUAUUAUGUGGUUGUGCAAGCAUACCCAGACCAAAGAUUGUUCCCUGGAAAUUUCAGAAAAUGUGGAUUGAUCAUCCAUCAUUCUUAAGUGAAGUGAAGAAAGUAUGGACUGAGAAUAUUAUUGGUGAUCCAUCUUUUAUUUUCAUGCAGAAGAUAAAAAAGCUAAAAAAGUUCUUAAGUGAGUGGAAUUGGAGUGUUUUUGGUAAUAUUAAUACAAAAAUUAAGGAGGCAGAAGAGAAAGUUCAAAAAACAAUGGAGUUAUCUGAUCAGAUUCCCUUAAAUGAAGAUCUUUUAGCCAACUUAGUAGCAGCACAAAAUGAACAUGCAACUAGAGAAGUUCAAGCAAAUACUCUUAUGAGACUUAAAUCAAGAGCAAAAUGGAUUAAAGAUGGUUGUGCAAACACUGAAUACUUCCAUGCUAGAAUGAAGAUUAGACAAGCAAGAAAUACAAUUAGUGAACUAGAAGAUGCAAAUGGAAAUAUUAUUAGUGAUCAAUCUCAAAUUGCAGAUACUUUAGUAAAGCAUUUUCAACAAAAAUUUGAAGCUCAAGAUGUUGAUGUUUCUGAAGAAUUGCUUAAUGCUAUUCCCUCAAUUAUUACAUAUGAAGACCAAGAAAUGUUGGACUCAAUUCCCAUCACUGAAGAAAUCAAGAAAAUUGUUUUUGAAAUGAACUCAGAUAGUGCCCCUGGUCCAGACGGAUUUCCUGGAUCUUUUUAUAAAAGUUGCUGGGAUAUAAUUCAAUUGGAUUUAAAAGAUGCCAUACAAUUUUGUUGGAGAAGAAGAUUUAUCCCCAAAGGCCUGAAUUCAAAUUUCUUAACCCUCAUUCCUAAAUGUGCAGGUGCUAAGAAAGCAAAUCAAUAUAGACCAAUUGGAUUGAGUAAUGUAUUAUUCAAAAUUUUCACAAAGAUAAUUUCUGUCAGAAUAAAUGGACUCAUGGAGAAGUUAAUUUCAUCACAACAGGCUGCUUAUGUUAAAGGAAGAAGCAUUCAAGAACAAAUACUUCUAGCUUCAGAGAUGGUAAAUGAAAUGAGGAAAAAGAGAAGAGGUGGUAAUGUGGCUUUUAAACUGGACAUAUCACAGGCUUAUGAUUCUCUGAUUGAAAAAUAUCAACAUAGCUCUGGCCAGAUGAUUAACAAAGCCAAAAUCAAGUGUUUCAUUGAUGGUACUAAUUCAACCAGAAAGCAACAAAUUAGCAACAUAGUUGGUAUGGAUAUAUCUAAUUUUCCUGAUAAGUAUCUUGGUAUCAUUCUGGCUCCAGGAAGAGUAACUACAGAAAUGGUCUGGCCAAUAGUUCUUAUGCUUCAGAGCAAACUUGCAUCUUGGAAAGGAAGAUUAUUAUCUUUUCAUGAUAGACUGAUUCUUGUAAAAACAGUUUUGAGCAGCUACCCUCUUUACAAUAUGGCAGUUUAUAAAUGGCCAUCUUCAGUUAUUAAGAUACGUGAAAAACUAAUAAGGAACUUUCUAUGGUCAGGUAAUGGAGAGGUUAGAAAGUACAAAACUUUAUCUUGGAAGAAGAUCUGUGUGCCAUAUACUGAAGGUGGCUUGGGUAUUAGAAGGCUAAAAGUUCUUAACAAAAUUUUGAUGAUGAAAAUGAUGUGGAAAUUGGUAUACUCAUCAGAUGAAUGGGCUCUGUUCUUUACAGCUAAGUUCAUAGAUAAAUAUGGUAUAUGGUUUUCAAAAUGGAAAUUAUCAUCAGUAAGAGAAGGUUUGCAAUGGGCUUGGCUUAAUUUACAAGAAGACAUCUCUUGGAAGAUUGGAAAUGGAGCUAGCAUCUCAGUAUGGUUUGAUAACUGUGGAAAUGAUUCCAUAAUAUGGAACCUACAUAGUAGUGGAAUGUUUAAUAAUGCAAAGGCAGUGGAGAAAAUAAGACACAAGGAAGACAAGGUAGAUUGGUCUUCUUAUAUAUGGAGGAAAUCUUUGCACCCAACUAUUGCCAGCAACAUUUGGAAGCUUAUACAAGGAGUUUAUGUGAAUGAUGACAUGAAAAGAAAACAAGGAUAUGAAAUGCCCUUUAUAUGUUGUAUCUGCAAAUCAGAGCAGGAUUUUAUGGAGCACACACUGUGGCUUUGUGAAUUCAGUGUUCAGUCAUUAAGGAGUUGUGGUUUCAAAGGAACAAAGUUUUCUUUGAAGGAGGUGAUGUUAAUAUUCAUGGUUUCAAGCACAGGGUUAUGA